CUAAACAUACAACUGUUAUCAGUUUAAAGCGUCGCUGGUCUGAAUUAAUCAACAAAUGAAGUUUGUUGAGGAAACUAAGAAGAGAAGAAGAGAAAGAUGUCUGCUGUCGUGUUUCUCCUCGUAUGUUUCCUGUCCUGUUCUGUCUCUGAAGAGCAAACAGUGAAGUCUGGAGAUGAUGUCACUCUUCAGUGUCAGGGUCCCGAACAUGAAGCCAUCACAUCAUUACAGUGGAUCAGACCUGACCUGAAGAAGAAGACAGAGAAGUACGUCUUCUUCUUCAGAGACCACAAAAUAUUUGAAGACUACCAGCAUCCAUCUUUUCGUGGGCGAGUGCAGCUGAUGGAUCCACAGAUGAAGAACGGAGACGUUUCAGUGAUUCUGAAGAACGUUAACACCAAGGACUCUGGAACAUACGAGUGUCGAGUUUCAGUAAACAACAAAAAGUCUGAGCUCAUGAACAUCAUCAACCUGAAGGUUAAAGACUCAGGUCAAACAUCUGGAAACACCCAGACUGAAGGAAAUCUUGGACUGAAAGUUGGACUGCCUGUUGGUAUUGGGAUUCUUGCUGCUGUUGUUGUUGGUUUUGUAUUUUAUAAAAGACAUAAAGGACGUUUUGACCAACGUAUUUAA